CUUAAGUAGGCCACUGCCGUCGAACGACGAGCUGGUCGUUAUCAGGCUUCACGUACACUCUCGUGGCAUCUAUCUCUUUCCUGUCUGCUAGUCUCUCAUCAAUUUUGACACCGACAUGACCGUAGAGAAGGCAGAGGUCAUCCAUGAACCGCUCCCAGUACCAGACAUCCCGGAGAAGCUCGCGCAGCCCCCAUCUCAGCUGACACUCUCACCAGAGCAUCAAAAGAUGUACGAUGGAGUCCUGGCUCAUUUUCAAAGCGAGGAGUAUGCUUUACCCAAAGUGGAGCAGGGAGAACUAAGAGAAGAGGAGAAGUUCUGGCUGUCUUGCGAAUGCAUGCUCAGAUACCUCCGUGCAACAAAAUGGUCAUCAACGAAGGCUGCCAUCAAGCGUCUGGAAGAGACGCUCGUUUGGCGUCGGGAGUACGGUGUUUAUGAUUUGAUCACGGCUGAGCACGUCGAGCCGGAGGCGGUGACCGGGAAGAUGUUCCUGUUCGGAUAUGACGUAGACGGACGACCGGCGCUCUACAUGCGCCCUAGCAGGCAGAAUACCGAGGAGAGCAUUGUUCAGAUGCAUUAUCUGACCUGGAUAUUCGAGCGCGCGAUUGAUCUGAUGGGCCCGGGUGUCGAGAACAUCGCUCUGAUGGUUGACUUCGCUGACAAGGCCAAGAAUCCGUCUCUCGCACAAACACGUAAUACCCUCAAUAUAAUGCAAAACCAUUAUCCUGAACGACUCGGGCGCGCCUUCAUCACCAACGUCCCAUUUCUGGUCAACGCCUUCUUUAAGGUGAUCUCACCCUUCAUCGAUCCCGUCUCGCGCGAGAAGAUGCACUUCAACCCACAAUGCGUGAAGGAAGGCCUAUUCACCCCCGAUCAGCUCGUGAGCGAGUGGAACGGUGACUGCGUUUUUGAAUACCAGCACGACCGCUACUGGCCGGUGUUGAUCAGGAUGUGUACGGAGCGACGAGAGAAGAUGAUGGCUACGUGGAGGGAGCUUGGCGGGGAGGUGGGCUUGAAGGAGUGGGACGUGAAGUGCGCGAUCGAGGUGAAUACUCGUCCUGGUGAUGAUAUGUGUAAGAGUGCUGAGCGGGAGGUGGAGGUGGAGGUGGAGGUGGAGGCGAACGUCGAGGUGGACGUUGAAGCAUACUAGAUCUAGGUGCCAGAGAUGCACUGAAGGUUGACUCACAUUUACUUCUCGUUGCUAAUCGACUGGACUAAUACUACUCACGGACUUGGGCGU